GUCAGCCGCGCUAAUAAAAAAAAAAGGUGCGGUUGUGAUGUCUGACCACCAGAUGGUGCUGUCUGACAUGACUCAUUCCGUCGCGGGUCAGCGGGCUGGACGUGUCACGUGACCCCGCUUCCAACACGCUUCUCUGUUCUGUUGUCGUCGACCUUCAUCCCUCCGUCCGCCCGCUGGUUUGCACCUGAGCUCCGAGUCUGUUUUCACUCGUCCUCUGACGUCACUCGCCCCGGGGCAGGUUGGGCCGGUAAUGACGGGCCGCCGCCAGCGAGUGUCGCUGCUGCGCCGCUGGUGACCGGAGGCGGCGGAGAAGUGGCCUGAAACUCAAGUUUGUCGACGCGGGCGAAUGUUUGCGUCGGUGUGCAGCGAGGGGGUGCGCGCGGCGGUGGUGGAGGUGACUGCGGUGACGUCACCGCCCCGCACUCUGCCUCCCCGACGGUGUGGAGAUGACUUUAUUUGGAGCGCGCGCAGAGAGCGUCCCGCUCGUGUGUGCGUCCAGACUCGAGAGCAGCUCGGAGUGGGACCGUCAGAUGAGGCGUCGCAGUAACGAGUCGCCGCCUCGGGGGAGAGAAAACAGCCGGCGCAGCCUGCCAGCGCCGCCGCAGUCUGGGCUGGCGGCUGCGGGACACCUCUAAUCCCCCGCGCCCUGUUGGUGGAAAUCCCCACGUGGUGCUGGAGUCCCGUAUAAAAAGUUUGGGUGCGCGGAGCCCCGCUUGUGGUGAUUGCAGAGACAGAUCCGGGUCCCAGUGAGCGGCACUCGCAGACCCGGGGCGCCGGUUUGAAUGGAGACGCGGACGCGGCGCGGGUAGCCGAGCGGAGCCGGAGCCCUGGAGCGGACCUGCCUGUGGAAUACCGCGCUUUUGGGACACGGAAACUCCAGUCGCGUUCGAGAGCGAGCCGCCAUGAGCGUGUACGCGCUGCUCCUGUGCUGCCUGCUGGCGGCGGCGGCGGCCGGAGCGCAGAGCUCUGCCCCGGAGUCGUGCGCCUCCUGCGGCUUGAGGGCGCCGGACCAGUCGGAGCGCGUCAACGUGGACUUCCUGGAGGCGGUGAAGCGGCACAUCCUGAACCGGCUGCAGAUGCGGGAGCGGCCCAACAUCACGCACCCCAUCCCCAAGGCGGCGAUGGUGACGGCGCUGCGGCGGCUGCACGCCGGGAAGGUUCGCGCGGACGGGCGGGUGGAGAUCCCCAGCCUGGACGGGCAGGCGGCCUUCAGCAACGAGGUGCAGGCGGAGACCUCGGAGAUCAUCAGCUUCGCCGAGUCAGACGAACGCACCAACUCCAAGUCGGGCCUCUUCUUCCUGAUCUCCAACGAGGGGAACCAGAACCUCUUUGUGUCGCAGGCCAACCUGUGGCUGUACCUGCGGGUGCUGCCGGCCGGUCCAGAGAAGGGCGUCCGGCGGAAGGUGACGGUGAAGAUCCACUACCAGGAGACGGGCAAGGCGGCGGACGGCGCCCGGCGCUGGGCCCUGGUGGAGAAGCGGGUGGAGCUGAAGCGCAGCGGCUGGCACACCUUCCCGCUGUCGGAGGCGGUGCGCGCCGUCUUCGUCGAGGGCGGCCGGCGCCAGGACCUGGAGGUGCACUGCGAGGGCUGCCCGCCGGCCGGGGUGGCGCCGGUGCUGGUGGACCCCGCCGACCCGUCUCACCGGCCCUUCCUGGUGGUGCGCGCCCGGCAGCUGGACGGGAAGCACCGCAUCCGCAAGCGCGGCCUGGAGUGCGACGGCAACAGCGGCGGCCUCUGCUGCCGCCAGCACUUCUACAUUGACUUCCGCCUGAUCGGAUGGAACGACUGGAUCAUCGCGCCGGCCGGCUACUUCGGCAACUACUGCGAGGGCAGCUGCCCGGCGUACAUGCCCGGCGUCCCCGGCUCGGCCUCCUCCUUCCACACCCUGGUGGUGAACCAGUACCGGCUGCGGGGCAUCAGCCCCGGCGCCGUCAACUCCUGCUGCAUCCCCACCAAGCUCAGCACCAUGUCCAUGCUCUACUUCGACGACGAGUACAACAUCGUGAAGCGGGACGUGCCCAACAUGAUCGUGGAGGAGUGCGGCUGCGCCUGAGCGCCCCCUGCCGCCCGCCGCCGCCACCCCUCCCCCCCCGCCGCCUCCUGUACAAACCCAGCUGCGGGACACCUCAACCUUGUAUCUCUAGCCACUGGACCUGCGCGCUGCCCGUGGCGCGUUCCCCCGUGCCUGAGCUCCGCCCCCCCGGCACCGGAAGGGAAGCGCCCCCUUCCUGAAUGAAGACUGACCCGAACAAGCGCUUACAGCGCCGCAGAGCGCGGGAUUCUUUCACUUUGUUUUGACUUUUGAAAGCACUGACGACUCAUGCGCCGACACCACUCCGAACACCAGCACUUCCCGACACCCCCCCCCCGGUGGAAGCAGACCCGCGGCGCUGAAAGCCUCGCAGGACCACGGCCUCCACGCAGAAGUGCACUUGCGCAGCGCUCGCACCGUCUCUAGCACUUGUACAAAGCGAUGCCUUGGAGGGGCCCCAGUGUGGGGGCCGCACCAGCUAUGCAAACGUAUCCCAGCAGCCUCUCCCUCAGACUGCUUCCCGUUUCCGCCUCUCUCUCCGUCUCUCUGGGUCCGGCGGCGGCGGCGGCGGCGGCGUGCGGGCCGUGUGAAGGACGCCGGCAGAACCAGACAAUCAGUGGACAACCCUGAACCUGAACCGCUGCGAAGGAAGCCGCCGUGAAAGUCAGUGACCUUCAGUGGGCGGGAAACAGAAGAGACGGACACACGGUGGCACGGUUUUCAGCGGGAAAUAUUUAUGAAAGACACGACGGAGGAGUGAACGGCUCCUUGGGAAAAGAAUUGAUCUUUCUGUCAAAUGACAUUAAAAAUAUUGUAAAAUAAUUUAUAUCAAUCUUUUUAUAACCCCGCCCCUUUUUUUUAAAAAAAAAAGAAAAUGUUUGUUUUUAGAAAGAAAAUGAAAAAAGGUGACUGUCCAACGCAAGGUUGCUGGUCCAAAAACCACGAUGUAACAAUCAGAUCAAAGUUGAAAUGGAAAAACCGGCUCGCGGCGCUCGCGCCGUGGCGGCUUCCUCCUGUUUUCACCUGUCACUCAGAAGAAUCUGUCUCCAGAAGAGGAGCGUCCAGCAGGGGCAGCCGCUGGGGGCGGGGACUCCUGGCAUGGCGCCCCGUCGCCCCGUCGCCCGCUUCAGUCCUCGACUCUCUCGAUACUUGAAAUGUGAUCUUUCGCUUCCUUUCCAAAGCGAAUGAUUGUCGUGACGUUUGCACUGAAAAGUUGCGGGAUUGGAGAAAAAAAAAAAGAGAAAGAGAAAUGAAAAAAAAAGAGAAAAGAACGACUGCCAUUGAAAAGGUAUUUUUAUAGAAGCUCAAUUUGUUUCAGAUUUAUUUCUAAUUGUUGGAACCAAAGAGGCCAAGAGUGGAGCUGUGGUGUGCGCCGCGACGGCGCCGCCGGCAGGUUGUUGUGCGCUCACGUCCGUCUUCUUCUUCUUCUUCUUCUUGUGGAUGAAAAACACGGCCGACUGUAUCAGGGUACCAUAUAUAUAUAUAUAUAUAUAUAUAUGACUUCAUUUCUACGCUCUGUUUUCAUUCUGUUUUGUACAAGACGCAGCGCUCCAUGUUUUCAUCUUAAUUCUAUUUUUGUUUCAGUUUUCUAUUUAAUAAUAAAGUUAUUUUUAGUUCCUGUCUAAGAAUCAUUUAGUGGAAGAAAUGUCACCUGUACAGUUGAUGUCAAAUAAAAUGUUUUCUUAAAUAUUUUGCAACUGUAACAACCUGCUGUUGGUUUGGUGUUUUGGUGUGAGUGAGUGUGAGUGUGUGUGUGUGUGAGUGUGCGUGUGAGUGUGAGUGUGUCUGUGUGUGAGUGUGUGUGAGUGAGUGUGUGUGUGUGUGUGUGUGUGAGUGUGAGUGAGUGUGUGUGUGUGUGCAUGUGUGUGAGUGUGUGUGAGUGAGUGUGUGUGUGAGUGUGUGUGAGUGAGUGUGUGUGUGUGUGUGUGCAUGUGUGUGAGUGUGUGUGUGUGUGUGCAUGUGUGUG